CCCGCGCCCGCUUACCCCGCCGGCCGUAUACUCUAGUCUAGGGAGCCUCCGCCGCCGGCAGCGGGACAAGUGUUUGGCUGGGCAAUGAUAUGGAGGAGGAGACCGGGGUGCGGCGGUGGCUCGUCGACAUCACGCGGUGGUGCCCCUCCCCCGCCCAGUUCGAUGCCGCAGCCGCCCUCCUUCCCUCGCACGAGCGGCCCGCCAUCGCCAGGUUUGUGAAAGAAGAUGACAGGAAGCGGGCGCUCGUCAGUCGUCUGCUGCAGUACUCGCUUGUGCACCACGUUCUCCGCAUUCCGUUUCACCAGAUCAACAUAUGCCGCACACCAGAGGGAAAACCGUACCUGCAGAAAAAUUGUUCAAACUUUCCAAACUUCAAUUUCAACAUCUCGCAUCAGGGAGACUACGUUGGCAUAGCAUCUGAGCCUCUUUGCCUCGUUGGCCUGGACAUUGUAUCCAUUUCCAAGCCCCAGGGAGAAACUACUACCGAGUUUAUCAGCAACUUCUCUUCAUACCUCACAGAUCAUGAGUGGAACUGUAUUGUUCGUGCUGGCACACCCAGUGAAGUGCUAACAGAGUUCUACAGGUACUGGUGUCUCAAAGAAGCUUUUGUAAAAGCCAUAGGUGCUGGAGUCGGAUUUGGGUUGCAUAGACUGGAAUUCCACCAUGAACACUGGACUGAUAUUUCUAUCCAUAUUGAUGGAGAAGUGUCUAGAAAAUGGAGAUUCUGGCUUUCCGAGCUUGAUGAAGUGCAUUUGGCAUCUAUAGCAAAAGGGCAUCCAGAGGAUGCUGUAAGCAGCUAUAAGAAAACAUUGUCCAAUGCAACCGUUGUGGAGGAACAAUUACAUUCUACACUAGAGAGUCCAGAUGGAGCUUUCACUUUGUGGACAGUGGAACAACUUACACAAUCACUGGGUAACAGCCUUACAGGUAUCAAGCAUUCUUGAAAUCUACUACAGCAGGACCAAAGGAAGAGAUGUGUGAAUAUGUUCCCAGAAUUCUAGACUCCUGAUAAUCUACUACACAGCCACAGCCACAUGGAAAGGCUUGGUUUUACCUCUGUAUUGCUUCUGUUACAGAAAGGGGUUCUUUUGGCCUUCUGUUUACCAUAACAGAACAUGACAUCAGGAGCACAAAGGUCUUCGCAAUGGCUGCAACGCCUUUAUCGUUCUAUCCUGCAUUCUUGCAGACAUGUAGUGUCAUGGGGCUAAUAAGCAUUGACGUGCCCUGCAUUGAGAAAAGAGGCAUUACUCUUGUAAUUGAGAUUUGAAAGAGAUGAAGAUAAGUGAAAGAGGAGGUUUUAGGAUGAAA